AUGAUUCUCGAGUUCUGACAGAAGUUGCAUUUAACCCAACUUCAGGAUUUCCGUUUCCUCCACCAAGUAAAUAUUAUCUUUGUGAUGCUGCAUAUACCAAUACUCGUGGAUUUAUGACCCCCUAUCGCAAUACAAGGUAUUGGUUAGCAGAUUUUCGACGCCGACGUGCCUUGACUAAGGAAGAACGGUUCAAUCAUGCCCAUGCGCAACUUAGAAAUGUCAUCGAGCGUGCAUACGGGGUCUUGAAAGCAAUAUUUCCAAUUUUAAGACAAAUAGCUCCUUACCCUUUCCCAAUACAAAAAGAUGUAGUGAUUGCUUGUUUUGCAAUUCACAAUUUUAUAAGGAGAUGCAAUAUUCAAGAUCGCCUGUUUAUGGAGUAUGAUGAAAACAACAUGUUUACUAUCGAAGACCAAGACGAAGGAAUCGAGGAAGAAAGCAUUGAGGAAGAUGUUGAAGAAACACAAUGGGGUCCCCAAGGCAAUGAAUAUAUGACUGAUUUGCGUGAUCAGAUUGCAAAUCAAUUAAUGUUGAAUGCUUGAAAUUAAUAUUUGUAAGCGAACUAUUUGUACGCAAACAAUUAUGUUAAAGACUUGUAAUGACUUUUUGUUCGUUGUUGA